UAUCCCUAGCCCCUUCUCUAUUGUUCUGUCGAAUAAACACACGUUCAAAAUCAAACUCAAGAAUUUGGUGAACAUGGGUAGACCUGACCACAAACAGAUGCUGCAGAAUCGCACCAAAUCAUGGGGCAAGAAGAAGUUCAAGCCCGCUCCGUUUGUACGCAACAGGGCACCGGCACCCCUUCCCGAUCCCGAGGAGACAGCCCAGCCGUGGCAACAUGUGAAGAGCGAUAUUAUAGACGAUGCUGCGGAGGCGGGCUACGCAAACCGCCUGGAUGCGGACAGUGAGAAGGCGAAGGAGUUCCGGAGGCAACGGGAGCAGAACCACAGGCGAAGCAUAAUCGAGGCUACGCGCAACGAGACAACCACGUGGGAAUCCUUCGAAGAUGAGCCCACACCUGCGAUAGGUCCAAAGGGGGAAUUGCCAACCAACACCGAGAACUUUACCUUCAAGGAACGCGACUUCUAUCGCAGAAAACUGACGCUCGGCGUUUCCAUGGCCAGACGGAAAGCGAGCCUAAAAACUGCCAUCGAAGAUCUGACCAGAAAUGGCGUGAAGGCGCCAGCACAUCCGGCUCCAGUGCAGCAGAAAGCCAGGGUGAAGAAGGUCAAGCCGAAGAAGGAGUUGACGGAUGCCAUGAGGAACAACCCAUUCCAGAAGCAGAGCAUUGAAUAUUAGUCGUGGCGUGUGUGUGUGGGGGGACAAAAUCAGAAAUGUAUACACAACAUUACUACACGCUUUAUGUAAAUCUUAGACAUAGUGGUACAAAUACAUGUGGAAUAGGUCUGCAAAAAUAAUAAAUAAACUAAACAAAAUGA